AUGGUUUUGGAAGUGCCCUCAAUCACACCUGGUGAGCUGCAUGACCUUAUGCGACUACAUCAGAGUGCGAAAUGGCCUGAAUGCAAAAAAAUGUUCCCCUGGGCACAUGAUAUCUCCUUUGGUCAACCACCAGAUUUUCCUCAUUCCCUUGCAAUAGUCAAAUCGCAAUCAGAUGCUAGCAACUCUGCACUUUUGCGUAGUUCUCUCGAAGUAAAUGAUAUCUUCCAGUCCUGGAAAAUCCAUACUUCUUUCCAUAGAGAAGGCGGCCGCUGUGCAACAGAUAAUGAAUUAGAUGGUUACCACUAUCCCAAUAACACUAGGGAACUCCUGAAAUUGCUAAAGUUCCAGACACGACAACUGGAAUUGCAAGUGGAUGAUGUAGAUUUGGAAAACGCCGCCACCUACUGUCAUGAUCAUAGCAUUUUACCAUUUCUAAAAGUAGAUCCUCGUGGACUAUCAUUAGAACUUAAGAGGGAUUCUAGAAAUAAGGUCGGGUCUAGUACCGUGCUAAAACCGAGUAGGCAAGACGUUUGGGGAAGAAGAGGUCUAUUUAGAAGAUUCGAUCUUCAAUGUGCCAAGAUGAUAGAAAUGGUUGAUAAUAUAGUAAUUUAUUGUACACGAAAUGGUGAUACCACAAAUACGCAAGGAGACUCUGCGGCAAUGGGUUCACACGAAGGAGAUUGCCCUAAUUGUACGACACUUGCACUACUUUUACGGAUCUGUUUAAUGUUUGUUCAAAAAGGUUAUGCGGGCUGUGAAGGAUCACUCUACAAGACGAAUCUAUCUAUUUGUACCUAUCGAAACUUCAAUACAGAUAUACCUCAAAGUUUGAUCGGCACACCUUUAUUAGACAAGAUUUUUAAGAAUACUCCUUUAAAUCUAAGUUCGUCACCCAGUGAAAUAGAGUGUUUUAAUAACAUCGAUAAAAAUAUGGUUUUGUGCGAAAAGUUAGAAUUGAACAAGUUGACUUCAGCUACACGAUUGGAGGAAACGGGUUUGAUUUGCGGUAAUACCACUGACUGGCAUAAUUAUCAAAUUAUUAAAAAAAGCAAUAUACCUCUGCCCGACCGCUCCCAAGAGAAUGCAAGCAUAGUAACAUUAAGACCUUUAACUUAUGAUCCAGACAAUCCCACGGCUUCCAUCUCUCGAUUAUAUAACGUGCCAAAUACAAAAGAGACGUGGAAAUUGAUCAUAAAAUGUACGUCAAAUUCAUCAAUGCCGUUGUUAACAAAAAUCAGAUCAUAUCUGGAUUUCCUAUUAGAUGAUGAUGCAUCCAAAUCACAAAGCUAUUUGCAUUUAACUUUCCCUGCCUCAGGUACUAUAGGCUUAGGAAACCUGAACAUUCAGUCUGUGGAGAUUCUUUUAAAUGUUUGUUUUCUAAUAUUUCAAGUAUCCCAAGUUCAAGACCAAUUCACGUUUAUGUAUUGCAGCGAUGGAUAUACAGAAACUUCGUUAUUACUAACAGCGUAUAUUAUAUUCCACUUUGAUAUUCCGUUACAAGAUGCUCUUCUGAGAAUCCAUCCGAGGCCAUUUUUCCUUUUUCCAUCAGACUUGCAAAUUUUAGGUCAUUUGCAACCCAUCUUGCGUGAGUUUAGUCCGCAAAGAGGAGGUAAUCUAGAAUUAUAUUCCAAUGCAGUAAAAUUCAGAGAUAGAAGUUUCCAACUGCACAUUUCCUCAGAACUUUUCAGCAGCAUAUUUUUUAUGAAGAUUCCUCCUGAGUCUAAUUUUGUUAAUUUGAAGGGCCCGCUGCCAUCCCGGAUUCUGCAGCACUUGUAUUUGGGAUCCCUCGAUCAUGCGCAGAAUCCUGAUUUACUUAAGUCUUUAGGAAUUACACAUAUAGUUUCUGUUGGUGAAGUGGUUUCAUGGACACUGAAUAGGGAGAAGGUUGUUCACCCUGUAAGACCACAUCGCGCAAUUACUAUGACGAACACUAAUGAGGUUAUGGGUGGUGCUGCAUCUAAUAAAAUUAGAAACAGAGCAGGCACCACAAUCAACGAUAGGCAAGAAAAUGGCAGUAACAUAGUAAUAAGUGAAAAUUCUGGUUUUCAAAUUUGCCAGAUCGAAAAUCUAGAUGACAACGGCAAAGAUCCGCUUUUCCAUCAGAUAGAUAAAGUCUUAGAUUUUAUUAGCAAUUCCGAAAAAGCGGGGGGGAAAGUUUUGGUGCAUUGCAUGGUCGGAGUCUCCAGGUCCGCAACGGUUUGUAUUGCUGAAUGUAUGAGGUAUCUCCACUGUGACUUGGCAAGUGCGUAUCUAUUUGUGAGGGUAAGAAGGCUGAACGUUAUUAUUCAGCCAAACUUGUUCUUCGUAUAUGAGCUGUUCAAAUGGUGGAAAAAGCAUUAUAAUUACGAAAAAGAUAAAACUAUGGACUGGCACAUCAUCUGCAGGGGUAUUGCUGAAGUUAACAUGAAAUACACAUGA